CACUGUAGCCACGUAAUCAGGGAAGCAGGAAGCGCUGCGCAAACCCUUCGGUUGCAGAAACAGCAGUUAUUAAAAAAAAUGGCUCAAUUUGAUGAAGUCGCUCAGAAGUCAAAGCUGCACCCGAAGCCGGAGGGUCUGACGCUGCAGUACGGCACUGCUGGAUUUCGCACGAAUGCCAAACAUCUGGACCACAUCAUGUUCCGCAUGGGACUUUUGGCAACUCUGAGGUCCAAAAAGACUAAAUCCACCAUUGGAGUCAUGGUCACUGCGUCCCAUAACCCAGAGGAGGAUAAUGGAGUGAAGUUAAUCGACCCGAUGGGCGAGAUGGUGGCUGCGGCGUGGGAGGAAUACGCCACACAGCUGGCCAACGCAGAGCAGGAGCAUCUCCUCACAGCACUGAAGGACAUUAUAGAGAAAGAGGACGUCAGCAUGAGUGAAGCGGCCAGCGUUUACAUCGGCAGAGACACCAGGCCUAGCAGUGCGGCUCUUUCUCAGGCUGUAUUGGAUGGUGUUUCCAGUUUGGGAGGCAAAACUCAUGAUUAUGGUCUGGUCAGCACGCCUCAGCUGCAUUAUAUGGUGUGCUGCUGCAACACAAAGGGCCGCUAUGGUAGUGCCACCCUUGAGGGAUAUUACCAGAAACUCUCCCAGGCUUUCCUUCAGCUCACCCAGAAUGUCCCGAAUCGCACAGAUGACCAGAAGAGGCUUCUGCUGGAUGGAGCAAAUGGCAUCGGUGCAUUGAAGAUGAGGGAACUGGAGCCGUUCAUUCGCUCUGAACUGCAGGUGUUGCUUUCUAAUGAUGGCAGCAGUGGAAAACUCAAUCACUUGUGCGGAGCAGAUUACGUCAAAGUACAGCAGAAAGCUCCGCAAGGUGUGAGUAUGGGGGUAGGGGAACGCUGCUGUUCAUUUGACGGUGAUGCCGAUCGCAUUGUUUACUAUUACACCGACUCCAAAAAUUGCUUCCAUCUUCUGGACGGAGAUAAAAUUGCAACCCUCAUCAGCACUUUCCUCAAAGAGCUGCUCACACAGGCAGAGCUGAACUUACAGGUUGCUGUUGUUCAGACAGCGUAUGCUAACGGAAGCUCGACUCACUAUCUGGAGGACGUCAUGAAGGUGUCAGUGUGUUGUACCAAAACAGGAGUGAAGCACCUUCACCAUGCAGCACAGGAAUAUGAUAUUGGAGUCUACUUUGAAGCCAAUGGACACGGAACUGUUUUGUUCAGCAAAGCCGCCCAAAAGCAAAUUGUGGAGCUGGUGAAAGACUCCAACAUAAACGAUGAGAGAAAACAUGCUGCAAAACUCCUGGAGAACACAGUCAAUCUGAUCAACCAGACGGUGGGAGAUGCCAUCUCAGAUAUGCUAGUGAUCGAAGCCGUUUUAGCCAUUAGAGGGAUGUCUGUGCAGGACUGGGAUGAGAUUUACACUGAUCUGCCCAACCGCCAGCUUAAAGUCACGGUGUCGGACCGGCGGGUCAUUGAUACAACGGACGCAGAGAGGAGGGCAGUCACUCCAGAGGGUCUGCAGGACGCCAUCGACUCGCUAGUGAAGAAAUACAAAAAUGCUCGAUCCUUCGUCAGACCAUCAGGAACUGAAGAUGUCGUCCGAGUCUACGCUGAGGCCGACACACAGGAAGGUGCUGAUAGUUUGGCUCAUGAGGUCAGCUUGGCUGUUUAUCGUCUUGCUGGAGGAGUCGGAGAUGAGCCUAAACCUUUACAUUAAUCAAACAUGCAUACAUUAAUUCAGAAUUCAUCAAUUGAAACGUCACGGCAGCGUUAUAUAUCAUGCCAAACACUGGGAAUGUACAUUAAACUAGUUUGUGUGGCGCAGACUAAUUUUUGGGAAGUGGUAAAUGUUUAUCAUUUACUCUUUGUGCUGAAUGAAUGGACAAUGUUUAUUAUCGGGAGUGUUUGAUUAUAUGGAAAUGUCUAAACAUGAUCCGUGUGAACUUUGUAUGCAAUACGUUUAUAAUUAUUAUUUACAAUCUUAAUAAUUGAAGAAGACAGAAGAAAUGCACUACUGUUCAUGUGAAUGUGAACGUGUUAGGAAGAAAUCUCGUUAUAUGACCAAAAAUACAAGUUCUAGAAUGCAAAAACUGAAAUUUUGUGAUAUUUUAUUAUAAGUGACAAUGACUGUAAUCAUUA